AUGUCCUAUAGCGCGAUGGCCCAGAAUUUUAUCUAUCAAACUUGCAAAAUUUUCGCACAAAAUGAUCCAAACAUCAACUGCAAUUUCUGCACAACUUCCCUCCAGGCAGAUCCAGCUAGCCAAAAUGCCACUAUACAAGAACUUGGGACGAUUUCAAUCAGAUUAAUACACAGCAACGUGAUGGAUACACUGAUUUAUGUCAAUAAUUUGAUUGAGAACAAGAAAUGGGAUUCAUAUACUAAGGAAUGUUUGACUGAUUGCUUUGAACUUUUCUCAGAUGCAAUCCCUUCUGCUAAACAGGCCAUGAACUAUUACUACGAAAAGCUCUACAGUGAUGCUAAUGUACAAUUAAGCGCGGUACUGUCUGAUUCUAUGACGUGUGAGGAUGGAUUUAAGGAGAAAAAUGGAGUGGUUUCUCCGUUGACGAAGAGAAAUUGUGAUACUUUUCAGCUCUCUGCAAUAGCACUCUCUGCUGUGAAUAUGCUUCAGACAUGA